UUUAUGCAAGUAUUAUUUUGUAAAACAUUAUCAACUUUUUAGUUUUUAAUACGGAGUAAUAAACUAAAUUAAAUAAAUAAAACUAAACUAAUUCCUCCAAGAGUGAAUCAAACACUAGAAAUAGGAUAUAGAACCCAUUCCAAUAUUGAACCAAACAAAUCCAUAUUUGUAGGAUUUCCAAUCUAUGGUAUGUGAAUCCUUUCCAAUUCAUUCCAAUUUGUUAAACCAAACGACCCCUUAGUUCCUUCCGGUGUAUCGUUGAAGCCGGAUUUUGGAGGCCAUCUUUCACACUAUCACUUCCUAAAUCUUACAAGAUGAACUCCACCCCCCUCUAUUCAAAUUCAAAUUCAAAUUCAAAUUAAAUUAAAAUUAAAUUCAAUCCAAUUUAAAAUUGCAAUUUCCACCAAAAAUCGUCUUUUUUCAGUUUAACAAAGUAUUGAAGCAGAUUAGGGGUGUUUGGAGAACUGGAAUUUAAAGCUAAUUCCUUUACUAAUUAAAUAAAAUUUAUUUGCAAUUCAUUGAACCUGUCAAAAUAUUCAUUAUCUGCUUUGUCAUUGUUUGUUCUUCUGAUAUUAUGAAUUAAUUGGGUGGUAACCAAACGAUGCAAUCUUCGUCACAUGAUUUUUGUUGGGUAUCGAUGAUUUUGGUAAACUGAUGUUAUUUGUUAUAAACCCAUUUUCUUGUGUAGUUAACUUUAUAAGUUUGUUGUUAAAAUGUUAGUAAUUAAGAUGCCUUAGUAAUUAAGAUGUUAUGUUAUUUGAAUUGGGGGUGAAGUUAUAUGUUCAAAUCUGCUUAACAGUGUAGCUAAUUCUUAAAAGCUUUGAAUGUUGUUUUGCUUCAUUUAAAUAGUAUGUCCUGAGUUUUUCAAACUUGUUGUAUACUUGUAUUGAUUUUGUUAAAGACCCCCUGUGAAACUAUUGAGGAUACGAUAUAACAUAACUCUAUCACAUAAGAUAUUAUAUCCUCUAGGGAUAACUACGUAAGCUUCAACAGAAAUGCACAUUUAAUGUAGUCCCAAAUUGAAGAGGAAAGAUACUAGCUUAUAAGCUUGAGGGCUUGAUCCGGCGAUAUGCAAUUGGUUUUGGGUUUGGAACAUCACAUAGGCUUAUAGGUUGUUCGUUUCUUUUCCUUGAACCUUGAUAGGUGCGGCCUAGGCCCAUUUAACAAAGUUGAAAAUGCAGUCUUGUUUCUUUUUAGCAUCCAUCAACUAUAAAGUGUCCGAGCUUAUUUUUAAAAAGCGCGCCUUUUUGCGCUUAAAGCCCUAGAAGCUCGGAAGCUCACAGAACGCUUCUGCCAGCCGAAGCCUAGCGACAUACAGGAGGCGUGCGCUUCCUAACGCUUCGGUGCUUCUGAGUUUCCUAGCGUUUUUGCGCUUUCUGUAGUCUGGGCACAUCAGACCCUUGUUUUUUUAUAAAAAAUAAAGCCACUUGAUUAUAAUCUUCUAUUUUAAAGUAUCACGUGAUUUCAUUUUUUGAAAAACGAAUAUUUGGGGGGUUACGUUUUUAAAACCCUAGAACAAUUUUCUCCCAUAGCCGGAUUCCUCUAGCCUUCUCACCGGAUUUCUCCCGUCGGAUUUUGAAUUUUUCUUUCAUCGUUUUGAUUUCUCUUUUAUUUUUUCAUUUUUUCUUUCCAUAUUUUCUGAACUUAAGAAAAUAUAUUAUUUCUUUCAGGGUGCGCUUCGCCUACGAAAAGCGUGCACUUUUAAAACUAAGGUCAUAGUGAGAAAGAGAUAUGGUGUAAGAUGAGAAGGACCAACAUAUCCCAAGUUAGAUCUUUUUGCUUCUCAUAUUUGCAUGUGCCGAAAUUCCAAUUUUCCAGCUCAAUUACUGCACCAGCAGCUGCCUGCUCUUCAGAUUCAACUUCUAUUUCACUGUCAACCACUCUUCAACAGUACAUUAAUUCAGAUUCACCGUCACAUGGCUUAAAGAUUCAUAGCCAUAUUCUGAAAGCAGGUUGUCAAAUUAAUAAGAACAUUACCAUCAAACUCCUCAUACUUCAUUUGAAAUCCGGCUUUAUGAAAUAUGCAAGAAAGUUGCUUGAGGAGAUGCCUGACCCAUCUUUAUCUGCUUAUAAUUAUAUGCUUAAUGCUUAUGUAAAGCAUGGAAAAGUUAUGGAAACAUUUGACUUGGUUCGACAGAUGUGCAAUUCUGAUGAAAAGCCUGACAGCUUUACGCAUUCAUUGGUAUUGAAAGCUUGGGCUUCAAUACCUGCUCCCUUAUUUUUGACCUGUGACAUAGGAAGACAGGUGCAUGCUCAGAUUCUAAAAUAUGACAGUGUUGUGGAUGUUGUUCUUUUUGCUACCUUAAUAGAUAUGUAUGUUAAAUCUGAAAGGCUUGGUUAUGCUAGGUGUGUGUUUGAUUCGAUGUUGGUAAAGAAUGCCAUAUGUUCUACUUCACUGAUAUCCGGUUACUUAAAAUGUGGUAACAUGGAGGAUGCUGAGUUACUUUUCCAGGAGAUAGUUGACAAAGAUGUUGUGGUAUUUAAUGCUAUGAUUGAAGGUUAUAGCAAAUCAGUAGAUACAGCGGAGAAAUCGCUUGGAAUUUUUAUUGAGAUGCAAAGACAGAGUUAUUUACCUACAAUUUCCACUUUUGCCAGUCUUAUUGGAGCAUGUUCUCUGUUGACAUUCGUUGAAACUGGUCAACAAGUACAGAGUCAUCUAAUGAAAACUAGGUAUUUUACUGAUGUGAAGAUUGGGAGUGCUCUAAUAGAUAUGUAUUCAAAAUGUGGGAGAACUGAUGAUGCGCGUCAAAUAUUUAAUUACAUGCCUGAAAAGAAUAUAUUCUCUUGGACUUCCAUGAUUGAUGGGUAUGGAAAGAAUGGGAAACCCUAUGAAGUUAUUGAAAUGUUUGGUAAAUUGAGACAGGAGACUCAAAUAAAACCCAAUUAUAUUACAUUCUUGUGUGUUAUCUCGGCGUGCACAUAUGCUGGAUUUGUAGACAAAGGGUGGGAGAUCUUUGAAAGCAUGGAAAGGAACUAUUCAUUGAAGCCUCGCAUGGAACACUAUGCUUGCAUGGUGGAUCUUUUAGGGCGCUCUGGAAAUGUAGAGCAAGCAUGGGAAUUUGUAAUGAGAAUGCCAGGAAAACCUAAUUCUGAUGUCUGGGCUGCUUUGCUUAGUUCAUGUAAAUUGCAUGGUGAACUUGAAAAGGCAAGUAUAGCUGCAGAUGAACUUUUUAAAAUGUGUGCUGAUGGGAGGCCGGGUUCGUACAUUGCCCUAUCAGACUCUCUGGCUACUGCUGGAAAGUGGGACUCUGCAAAUAAAGUCAGGGAACUGAUGAAGCGAAGAGGGAUAUCAAAAGAUACGGGCUUGAGUUGGACAGGAACCAAGGAUGGGCUGAAACGGUUUGAUGCUGGUCUAAGAUAAAGGUGAAUACUUGAAAUGGAUUUUGACAUCACAUCAUACUAAGAGAAAGUAUGUAAUGGCUCAAGAAUCAGCCCAGAAUGAAUGCAUCAGAAAUUCAGAAUAUUUAAGUUGGCAAGAAAAGAUGACAGCCGCAUGAUUUUUCUGAUAAUCACCUUUGGUGAUUUGUCUGCAGAAGAAUGGCUUUUGGAAAUGGCAAAUAUAAUGUCAUUAAAAAUUUGCAACAAGGAGAAAAGGGCAGAAGAUUUUUUUGAGGCCGGUUUACACUUUUUAACGGACCUUGAGGUGCAGUCUGUUCAGGCAAACACUUGCUAGCUCUUUUUUUUGCUCUUUUUGCGAAGAGACCACAACAGUGAGGUCUGUUUGUUUGUGACAACUAAGCUUAUAGUUGCAGGGGUUGCCACAUAAUCUAGAAACAAGCAUCACAUGUUGAAGUAUGCCUAUGGAAAAUAUUUAGGACUGGUUGAUUAUCUCCAUCGCACUGGACUAGCGAAGAAAUGUGCAGGAUUGCGGAUGGGUGCAAAAGGUUUGUAAGUUGAUAAUCGUCUAAGAGAACUACUGACCUAAAUUUGAAAGGGCUUGUGUCUUUCUUUUAAGCUCACAUGUUAAUAUUAUAAUUGUGUAACCUAAAACACCUGGUUUAUGCUUUAUAUUUUCAGUAUGAUUUUUAUUCAUGUCCUUAUAGUGACAUUUCCUGUGUCCUAUCUCAGUGAGGGCAUUUCCUGGGUUUGUAUUGGGAGAUCUUUAAAUGUAUGGAGAGGGUCUAUUCAUUAAUGCCUCGGAUGGAACACUAUGUUUGCGUAAUUGAUCUUUUGAGGGUUCUCUCUGGCUGCUGCUGAGAAGUGGGACUCUGUAAACCAAGUUAGGGACAGGAACCCAUGAUGGUCUGAAACGGGUUCGGGCUGGUGUAAGCUGAAUAGAGGUGGAAAAUUAAAGGAAAAUCUCGCUGGGGUGUUCAGGUCAACUGGUUUAGGUCACAAUAGGGAAGAUGAAUAGCUUCUGUUUUCAGGUCAGUUCAGAAACACUGUUAUAUGCCUGUAUGGCUGAUGCCUGACUGUGGGGUUUGCUCAAUUUGUGCAAAGAGUCCCAUCAAAUAGCAGCAAGGGAUUUUCAUUUGCUACAACAAACCAUUUGUCUGUAGGAACUAUCACAGCACCACAUACUCCACAAAUAAGUUUUUGGUUUUUUUUUUAAAUGUGCGGCGGUGGGAAGAAUAUCUUGCUUCGGUAAAUCGGUAUUGUCUGGUAUGAGUAGAAGACAAUCUAACUAUCUACGCAUCAAUUAAUAAAGUUUGUGGAGAAUUGUAGAAGACAAUCAAGUUUUUUCUCCGGGAUAAUCUCUCAUUUCUCACAAGGCAGUUCAAUCAAGUCUAUGGUGUCUGGACUCUUCAUUUUAGAUUAAGUACUUGUGUUGGAUUUUUGACAUUGCGACAUUGGGAAGGACAGUAAAACAUGGAAAAACUUUUCAAAUUACAGAGUUCAAUACUUGGACACAUCGAUUUUUGAUCUUCAAACAACAUUCAUACAAGCAAUACUGAUGCUUGCACAGCAGAGCAAGACAAGCGUGCUCACGCCUAACACCACAUGAAACAACAUAAUUCAAAUUAUUAGCAAUCCACAAAGCAUAUAUAUAAUAUAUGUAUGUUGAAUACAUAUUUUCUUUAUUACUCGGGAGAUCAUCGAGUUUAAGUUGCAUUAAUCUGCCAUUCCAACUGGUGCCUUUGAAAUUCGAUCAACCGUGUGAGAUCUCGUUAGCAAGGGCCAUGCCAUUAGGCAUGGUAGCUGAAUAAAAUUUGAGAUUAUCCAAGUUUUGGGGAACCUUACCGCCAGUCCCUAGUAUAGCUGCAAGAAUAGCACCAGUUGCUGCAGCAAAUAGAAUACCAACCAAAGCACCAACCACAAACCCAGCCGAUGAAACCAAAAGAAUUCCCAAUUGUGUAUUUGCUACCACGCUUCCCACUGCCGAACUAACUGCCACAUUUACAGCAUAAGAGACUGCUCCUGACAGCAAUGAUACGCCAGUGGUAAGCACGGUCUCAAGCUUGUGUUCAGAUGUGAAUAUAUCCCAAGCCAUCAUGCCCGCAGUGACAGCCAUUGUUGCUAUUCCACCUGCUGAUGUUGCCCGAGUCUUGCUCCUCCUGUAAAUGGCUGGCAUCUUUGCACGCCCUGAUUCCUCGAUGAUGCUAUUGUACACCUGUUUGAAGGAAUCAAGUUCAUCUAUCUAUGUCAUUACUUAUUACUGAACUGAAUAUUUUUACCAGGCCAGCCAUGAGUGGUCAUUAGUCAACGCAUGCAUAUCUCACGUUCAUUUAUCAUAAUUUCAUAUUUUUUUACUUGUA